AUGCGAGGGGUCGCCGCUGCGCUUGCUGGCCUUGGUCUUUGGUUUCUCGACCCGCUGAGCUGCGCUGGAGCUCACGCUGGAGCUUGCGGCCGACACGCAGAAAUCUGGCGAUGCAUCGCCAAACGCCCAGUAAGAUGCACAAAGUGCGACAAAAACCAGCCAUGGACGACCAUCAAGCCAGGAAAGCAGGUCGUGGCCAGCCGCAGAGGAGAAUGGCUUUGCCUGCUGAACUACUGGGGUACAAAUGUGACGGUGAAGGACCCCUCUGGACAAGAUCUCUUCGAAGUGGUCCCAGGCACUCGAGUUGCCUGGGCGCCAGUUCGCCACAUCCUGGGCGGCGCCAACCACUCUGCGCUGGCGCGGCGGGCGCUGACACUGGAGGCGGUCUACAAGACGGAGCUGUCAGCCUGGGCCGCAGGCGAUGUAGCAGCCGGACGGCCCAAGAUGAGCCGUGCUGCCCAGGCCGACAAGUUCGAGCGGCGCGCGGCUGCCGGCGGAAGAUUGGAGAAGGAGUGGCCCCGCAUCGUGCGAGCCCGAAGGACCAAGCACCGCAUCAACACCUUGAUCGCGGAGGCGAUGCCAGAUGAUGCAGGUGGCGAAGAUGGGCGACUAGCGCUAGUUUUGGAUGGAGUGGAUGCCCAGACGUCUCAGGCACUGAUGGCGCGUGGGCUGCCUGCGGAACGGAUCCUGUCUCCAAACGUGGUGCCAGCGGUUGCGGAAGCUCUGUCAGAUCGGGGGAUCUCCAGCUGGUGCGGUCGAGUACAGGACUUCCUGCGCUCGACCGAAGUUUCCGGAGCCUUGGACCUGCUGUUCUUGGACUACACAGGCUGCCUGGCUUCCCGAGCCUCGCAUUUGAGGCCUGCGCUGCGUGCGCUGCGUCCGCAUGGCGUUCUGGCCUGCACGUUUUCCAUGAGGCACUCCCCUGUCGAGGACGACUUCAGUUACGGCUUUCUACCGCCACAGCCUGAAGGCUGGAGCCACGCCCACGCGGUGCACGCGCUCGGCCGCUGCCUGCUCGAGGCCGCCGAAGCGCUCGGCCGCAGCGUAGAAGGCGCCGGCCUUUCGGGGCUGAACGAUUAUGAACUCUUUGACAACAUGUCAGCUGCAUGGGCCACACGGAGUGCCGGCGAUGCAUCUGAGACCACCCGUGAGCUCGUCAUCAGAGCGCUGGAGGAGGAGAGCAUCCCCGCACUUGCAGAGGCCCUCGCCAGCUGGGCGGACGAGCCCAACUCGGAGCUGCCCUGGCUUCGGAAAGGUGUGGCUACCGUGGCCGAAAGGGUGCAGCGCGCCUGUCAGGGAGGAGUGCUGGGAUGUGCCUGGCGCAGUGGCGACGAAGGCCGUGGAAGCCCGCAUUGUCUUCUGGGUGCCAAUGGAGCUGUCCAGGACAAAGACCUGAACAUGUUGCGCAAAGCAGCCGUGGCUUUGAAGCAGGCAGCAUCAUCACGCGGCUCUGCCUGCUCACCGGCUGCCCUUACCCCGUGUCCGGCAUUUUCAUUUCGCCGCAGCAUGCUUGUCUACCCAGAGGAGAUGAUGUUCUUCAUGGUGCGGUGCGGCGAAAAAGCGGGCACUGUCCGGCAGCCCGCUACAGAUUUGUGCAUGGCGAAAGCAUCCUUCCUCUGGCUCUUUGGCUAUCGGAAAUGUGAAAGCUGUCAAGAGUACAGCAAUUCUGGCUGGUUCGACGCGGACGAUGUCUGGUAUUGCGAAGAGUGCCAGAUGAACUGCGUUCUGGAUCUUUUCUCAGAUGAACCAGUGCCGGCGGAGUCUUGGCUUCGAUGUGGCAUCCGGCGCGUGCGGGAGCUACCAGCGCUGGCGUCGUCACAGCUCCUGGUGUGUACCUGUGAGCUGGUGAAGGUCGGUGGCCAUGCAGGCCUUUUUGGUGGCCGGCUGGUGCUGACUGGGACUGGCAUGGCGUUGGGCUCGCUGUGGUCCCACCUCCAAGGAGGCUCGGGCCCGAAGAGCUUGGGCACCGAGCCGACGAAGGUAGAGGCGGCUGCUGCCGCUGCCACCGAGGCGGCCUUCGCAGACCCUUGGGUGGUGGUCGUGGAUAGCAGGCCCGGCUGCUUCAUCCCUGGCGAUCCUGUGGAAGUUUCUGAGAGUUCCGGAAGAGGAUGGCGGGGCGUGGUGAAGUGCAAGGCGGGCGAAGGAAGCUACAUCGUGGAGGACCAGAGCCAGACGCCCCACACCGUGGCUGCAGACAGGCUGAGAGUGGACGAGCUCGUUGCGUCAGUUCUGUGA